AUGUUCAUCGCGCAUCGACGCGUACGCUCAUCUCCGCCAAUCUCAGACGUCGGCUCUGCUGCAGCCUCGACCUCGGUCUCGUUCUGCCCUGCUCCGAGAGCCGGCCAGCGCAUCGUGGGAAAACGUGACGCACUUGACGCCGAGCUCGCCGAAGUCGUCUUUGAAUUGAUACCUCGGCGUUUCUGCUGCAGUGGCAACGUUGCAUCCUCAGCCUGGGUACGUGCACUGAUUAUAUCUCGAGCUCUCGAUUGCUUGCUCGACGAGCUUAGCACCUUGUCGAGGAAGUCGAGCUUAACUUUAUCAUCAAAAGCUCUCGUUCGACCCGUACGCGACUCAAUACCACGCACGUUGCCCUCUGAACAAGCUCGCAUCAAAAGCUUCAGUCGUCCUCAGUGCAACAGCUUGCGCGCUCGUUUACCCUCCAUAGGGCAGUUUGUCACCACGAUCGUAUUUGGCGUCAGAGUGGCAAGUUUUCGUCGGGUCUGCUCGACGUAG